CCCUAAUUUUUCACAAAAAAAAAUUAAAAAAAAAAAAUUAAAAAUUCCUCAAUUCAAUAACGAAAGCCAACUUAACAUUAAAUUAGACAUCAUAAAAGGCGGCAGCUGCUUUAUUCUGCAAAUUAUCUCCACACAAUAAUACCGUCGCUAAAACCCUUAAUUUAGAAAAAAACUCAAUUUUUUCCCCCAGCAACUCCUUAAAUUUAAAGUCAAAAAUACGCUUUGUGCUCAAUAUUCGUUUUAGUUACAUUCUGCGUUGUGCUCUUAUGAACAUUAUACAACAGUUAUAUUAAUAAUAAUAAUAAUAAUAAUAGCAACAACAACAAUAUUCGCCUAUUUAAUGUUUACUCAGUGUUGAAUUAUUACCAUCCCCGCCGCGAGUGUAUGUGUGACAAGCUGCAUUCUUAACCAAAAAAAAUUUAAAAAAAUUAAAAAGAGAUCUAUAAAUUUAAUUAUCUAUUGAUCAGCAAGACGCCAGUUUUAAGCUUAAUAUAUGGUAAUGGCAGAGAUUGGUGGCCAUUUGGCUCACCAGCUACCAAAUUUGCACAAUCACACGCAAGGUGGAUUACAACCGUCGCUGGUGAUGAAUCAUCACCUGGAAUUGGAUUGUCAUGGGCAUGAUGUGAUAAAAAAACAACGUUUAUCACUUUGUGUUGGCUGUGGCGGUCAAAUUCACGAUCAAUACAUCCUGCGCGUGGCACCCGAUCUGGAAUGGCAUGCGGCAUGCCUCAAAUGUCAGGAAUGCCGACAAUUUCUGGACGAAAGCUGUACGUGUUUUGUGCGUGACGGCAAAACGUAUUGUAAGCGUGAUUAUGUUAGGUUAUUUGGUACAAAAUGUGAUAAAUGCGGCAGCUCAUUUAGUAAAAAUGACUUUGUGAUGCGUGCAAAAACGAAAAUAUUUCAUAUUGAAUGCUUUCGUUGUUCAGCGUGUGCGAGGCAGCUGCUACCAGGCGAUGAGUUUGCGUUACGAGAUGGUGGUAUUUUAUAUUGUAAAGAAGAUCACGAUGUUCUAGAGAAAUCCUCACAAAGUAGUCUAACGUCAUCAUCAAUAGAGAGCAACAACAAUAAUAGUAGUAAUAAUAAUAAUAAUACAAGUCUUAGUAAUAAUAAUCAUUCCAGCGAGUUGGGUUCAAUGUCAGAUUCUGGUAGCGAAUCGGGCUCACAUAAAAGUAUUAGGGAAAAAAGACCUUCGGGUCCAUCGGACGGUAAACCGACACGGGUGCGAACGGUCCUGAAUGAGAAGCAACUACACACGUUAAGAACCUGCUACAACGCUAAUCCGCGACCUGAUGCGCUCAUGAAAGAGCAACUGGUAGAGAUGACUGGUCUAUCACCACGCGUCAUACGAGUCUGGUUUCAGAAUAAACGCUGCAAAGACAAGAAGAAGACGAUACAAAUGAAACUGCAAAUGCAACAGGAGAAGGAGGGACGAAAACUCGGUUAUGGCGCCAUGCAGGGCAUACCGAUGAUAGCGAGUUCGCCGGUGCGACACGAUUCGCCAUUGAAUUUGCAGGGCAUCGAUGUGCAAACAUAUCAGCCGCCAUGGAAAGCCUUAUCCGAUUUCGCCUUGCAUGCGGAUUUGGACAGUAAUGGUGCGAUAAAUACGCAUACGCCCGCGUUUCAACAGCUAGUGAAUCAGAUGCAUGGUUACGAUCUGAACGGUAUGCCGCCAUUGCCGCCACAUCAACAACAUGGACCACAUCCGCCACCGCCCGGUCAACAAAUGAAUGGACCACCUAUUGGCAGCAUGGAUUCGGGCAUAACGUCACAUCAUCAUCCGGACAGUACUGACUCAUAUGUGACCUAUCUGGAGAGUGAUGACAAGUCCAAACUAGCUUUGACACCAACAUCGUCCAUGUCCUUAUCAAUGUCGUCAUCUUCAUCAUUAUCCUCCUCCUCAGCAUCGGCAGCUACAUCAAUUGCUUCACCACCAUCAGCCUCUAACACUGGGAUCGUUGGAAUGUGUAGUGCUGCAGCUGGAGCUAUGGGUGGUAUGAGUGUCAGUGGUGCAGCAGCGUGUGCUCUUAACUCGGGUAUCGGACUGGCAGGCAUCGGUAUGGGCGGUGGUGGCGUCGGUGUAGGUGUUGGCGUUGGCAUUGGCGUUGGCGGCACUGCAAGCUGCAGUCAAGCACAAUCGGCUACAGAGCAAUUGAUGCAAAUGUUGCAAAAGGUGACGGCGUCGCCAUCGCAUGCAGUGCUGUGAAGGAUGUACGAGGAGUUCUGACGUCGAGCUGGAACUCAGUGAUGCGCAAAAGGGCGAAUGUGCAAUUUUCGGAAGGAGCGAAGGAGGAGGGAGUGUAAAAUCAUGCCGCAACUGUAUGCAGAGGCGAUCAUUAGUAACCCAAGAAACAGUUUUGAAAAUUUGAAAAAUACUUUGCUUAGAUUUUUUGGCGAAAACUUAAUAUUUGGACUUGGAAUAUGCGCUUGUCGUGAUAGUAAAACUUAUAUUAAUUAAAAUUUUGGCAAAGUAUUUUUCAAAAGUCAACGCUGUUUCGAAUUUCACUCAUUAAAUGUGUAUUUUUUUUCAAAUACUUUCAAAACAGUUUAUAAAUUUUGC